CUCAUCUGCAAGUCGCAGUGACGCUGGUUCUGCUCCUGUCCAUGCUCAGUUUGGCUGCUGGUGGGAAAGUGCUGGCAGUGCCAGUAGGUGGGAGUCAUUGGCUCAGCAUGCGGGAAGCGUUGGAGGGUCUCAAGGAGAAAGGGCAUGAAAUAGUCGUUGUUGCACCUGAAAUCAAUUUCAACAUAAAACCAACAGAGAAUUUUACUAUGAAAAUGUACCCAGUCCCUUUCACACAGGAAGAGAUGGAUAAGGACUUCCACGCAUUUUUAAAAGGAGGGUUUGAAGAAGGAUCCUUUCUGGAAAGAUUUAUUAGAACAUACCAAAGGAUGAAAAGACUCUCUGACUUUGCAUUCAUCAGCUGUGAAUACUUAGUGUACAACAAAGAACUUAUGAGAUAUCUCGAGGAGACUAAGUUUGAUGUUGUCUUUACGGACCCUGUAAUACCAUGUGGGCAGAUACUGGCUGAGCAUCUUUCAGUCCCUUCUGUCUAUUUUUUGCGAGGAAUUCCAUGUGGCAUAGAUUUUGAAGCCACUCAGUGUCCCAAUCCCCCUUCUUAUGUCCCCAGGGUGUUUACAGAACACACAGACCAUAUGAACUUCCUCCAGCGUGUGAAGAAUCUAGUCUUUGAUGUCCAAAAUUUUUUCCUCUGUGAUUUUAUGUAUCAGCCGUACACCAAACUGGCUUCUGAAUUCCUUCAGCGAGAUGUGACUGUGUUAGAUCUCUUACGCAAGGGUUCCAUAUGGCUUCUGCGAUUAGACUUUGUGUUAGAUUAUCCAAGACCGCUGAUGCCCAACAUAGUUUUAAUUGGCGGAGUGAAUUGUGCUCACAAGGAGCUACCUCAGGUAGGUCAUGCUCUAUUCUUACUUCUUGUUCUGAUUGACUUCUGUGUUCAUAAGAGUGUAGUUUUGUGUAGCAGAUAGAUAUGAUAGAUAUUAAGUUCUCAUUUAGGGAGAGUUAGGCAAACCCUGGUGAAAGAAAUGCUAUUUCUGUCAUUUCUUCCUUGCUUUUUUUUUUUUUUUUUGGUGUGUAUGUGUGUGUGUGUGUGUAGUCAGCUACAUCUUUUGGUGUCCCAGGUAUGCUCAACUGAGCGGCAGUAAGUGGUUUCCAAGGGAUUUUCUUUCCCUACACAAGAAGUUACUCUUCUAGUUGGCUGAGGAGAGGCAACCUUGCUUUUGUGUAUGCCAAUCAAGUGCUGCUCCUUAUUGAAGGCUUCAGCUGUGGCUAGAAAGAAAAUGUAUCUUAGGCAUCUUCACCUGUACAAUGCCUGCUGGAUUUAUGACAGAUGACUUUUUCAUUAUA